CGAUCUCGAACGACUGCGUCGUGUUGUCCUCGAGUCUCUGAGUCACGUACACCGCCCUCGCGCAUGGCAAGGACCAUGCGGAGCACACAUGUUCGGACGGAUCCACCUCAGGAGGACUGUCUUUACUGGUCUAUAUAAGCCUUCUCUACAGCUUCGCACCCCUCCUGCAAGCUUCGACAAUCGAAAAUGCCAGUACACCGAGGAACCUACACGUUCGUCAACCGUCAGAGCGGGACGGCUAUGGAGAUGAAUACUACUGACCAUUCGCUAAUAGGCAUGCCCCCGAAAGAAAAUGAAACUCAAAAGUGGGAGAUUAGCCCUUUAGGCGCUGGUCAUUCUAUUCGCAAUCUCAAAAGUGGAAAAUACCUUUCCGUGAAAUCAUUAUCCAAAGACGCUCCGGUUGUCGCAAGUGACUACCCGGUUGCGUGGUUCAUCAGAGAAGUCCGGGUUAACGAGGAGAACGCGGCAUUUUACGAAAUACGGUGGCCCAUGACUGACAUCAUGCUUGAGCUGGCAGACUCCGGAAGCUCGACACCAAAGACCAAGGUUUGACACAUGAAUAAACACCGGGCCAGAUACUGGAGGGCGACUCGCGUUCGUCAGCCUUCAUUCUACCAGCCCUCCUCAUCUGCAAAUAACACCAAUGGCUCCAUGUUUAGCAUUACUGGUCUUGCAGAGAAGUGGAGGUUGAUACUUCCGGCGAAACCCACACCGACCACACAAUCUUAAGCAAGUGUUCGUGCAUAUUACCUGUAUCAAGUGGUAUAUGACUAGGAGAGCAUCAACUAG